AUGGAUUCCCUUGACCCAGCAGCAGCAGCAGCAGCAGCAGCAGCAGCAGCAGAUUUAAAUAGUCCGUAUGGUGACUGGCAUUAUAAUCCCCUAUUGGGGAAGGACAUGCGGCGGCGGCAGCAGCAGCAGCAACAGCAGCAGCAGCAGCAGCAGCAGAAGGUAAAAGGGAGACACCCUUAUGCUGCUCGUCUUAGACAAGGGACAAGAUUGUCGCGGUGUAAGGACGCGGAGAGUCUGAGCAGCAGCAGCAGCAGCAGCAGUAGCAGCAGCAGCAGCAGCAGUAUGACCAAGCGUCACACUCCAGCAGCAGCAACAGCAGCACCACCAACAGCAGCAGCAGCAGCAGCAGCAGCAGCACGAGGGGAUCGUAAGAAAAGAGGAGACAAUCGUCCCUAUAGAGGAUCUGUCUCCUCUAUAUCCUCAGGUGUCUCCUCUGUCUCCUCUGUCUCUUCUGUCUCUUCUGUCUCCUCUGUUGCUGCCUUCGAGGCAGCAAGAAGACGUUGGCAGCAAAGGAGACAGCAGCAGCAGCAUGACGAGCAGCAUGACCCCCAGCAACAGCAGCAGCAGCAGCAGCAGCAGCAGCAGCAGCAGCAGCAGCAGCAAGGGAGACACCGCGAGGUAACUCUUGUUAAUCCUUCUGCUGCUCUUAAGGAACAUGUACAAAGAAUGAAGCUUCGUGCAGAGCGUGCUGCUGCUGCUGCAGCUGCUGCAGCAGCAGCAAAAGGCAGCAGCAGCACAGCAGCAGCAGCAGCAGAUGGCCCCCCAGCAGAAUUCGAGCUCCUAUUUAACCAUUGGUCUCUUUCUGCUGCUGCAGCAAAAGAAGAAGAAGUAAAUAAUCUUGUUAAGGAAUUAGCUGACUUGCUGCCUCUUCGUAGGCGCAGCAGCAGCAGCAGCAGCAGCAGAGCAGCAGGACGAGCAGCAGCAGGUAGAGGAACUAGAUGGAGGAGACCUGCUGCUGCUGCUGCUGGUUAUAACACAACAGAUGAGGAGCAGCAAGGAGACACAGAGACAGCAGCAACAACAAGCAGGAGCCGCAAGGAGACAGAUACAGACAGCAGCUUACUUAGCAGCAUGAGGCGCAGCAAGACCAGCAGCAGCAGCAGCAGCAGCAGCAGCAGCAGCAGCAAAAAGGUCUCCUUUCCUUCGGAGUUAUAUGAUGAUGGAGACGAUGAUGUUGCAGCAAGAUACUUUGACCGUACAGCAGAAGCAGCAGCAGAAGCUGCUGCUGCUGCUGCUGCUGCAGAAAGAGCAGCAUUUGCUGCAGAAGCAAGAGCAGCAGCAGCAGCAGCAAGAGCACAAGGGAUACAACUGUCUCCUCUGCAGCAAGGGGCUGUCCCUCAUGGUAUCUUAUUACCUACAGAUAAACGUAUUAUUAAUGAGGAAGGUAUACCUAAGGGUAUUAAUACAGCAGCAGCAGCAGCAGCAGCAGCUGCUGCUGCUGCUGCUGCUGCUGCAGGAGCAGCAGAAGCAGGAGGUGGGGAUCAGUUAGGUGGUGUUAUAAGCGGUGAUGGGUCGCCAGCAGCAGCAAAUGCAGCAAAUGCAGCAGCACCAGCAGCAGCAGCAGCAGCAGCAGCAGCAGCAGACUCGGUAUCUAGCCGACUACGUCAGUUAAGAAAUUGUGGGGAUGUAGCAGCAACUAACAAAAGCAGCAGCAGCAGCAGCAGCAGCAGCAGCAGCAACAUAAAGAAGACACAGGUGUCUCCUUUUGUGUCUCCUCAUGGUGUUCGUUCUUCAUGGCACAGCAGCACAUAUUUGUCUCCUCCUGUUGCUGCAGCAAAGCGUAUGAGCAGCAGCAGCAUGAAGAGCAGCAGCAGCAGCAUCCCCACCCCAACCAGCAUCAGCAUCAGCAGCAGCAGCAGCAGCAGCAGCAGCAGCAAGAGGGACCCAACUCCUGUGUCUCUAGAGGAAGCAGAAGCAGAGAUGGAGACACCUGACUAUGAAUUAGAUAGGUAUGGAUCUAAGGUAUAUAUAAGAACAGAAGAUGAUCUUUCUGCUGCUCCUCCUCCUUCUUGCUGCAGCAGCAGCAGCAGCAGCAGCAGCAGCAGCAGCAGCAGCAGGUGCAGCAGCAGGUGCUUUGGCAGAAGAAGAGGCAGAAGCAGCACAAGGAGAUUUAGAAUGUGCAGCAGCAAGAACUGCAGCAUGAGCAGCAGCCGCUAUAUUAGAUACAGCAGCUGCAGCAGCAGCAGCAGCAGCAGCAGCAGCAGCUUAUAUGGGGAUGGAUCUGUGGGGCAGCAGCAGAGUCCUGAUAGGGAGGAGAGCAGCAGCAGAUAUUUCUUAUUUGCUGCAGCAGCAAGACAUGCAGCAUCCCCUAGAAGGAGUCAAGAAAUGGCAGCAGCAGCAGCAAAGCCAGCAGCAGCAGCAACAAAAGCAAAGCCAGCAGCAGCAGCAAAGCCAAAGCCAGCAGCAGCUGCAGCAAAACCAAAACCAGCAGCAGCAGCAGCAAAACCAAAGCCAGCAGCUGCAGCAGCAAAGCCACCAGCAGCUGCUGCAGCAAAGCCAC